AGUAGGGUGUCCUUAAACCCCAAACGUUUAAAGCUUUUAAUCGGCUCUAAUAGCUUUAACAACAAUCGCAAGUAAAAUGGAGAACUUCUGGGGUUCAGCCUGGUUUCCUUCUGGCAGAAUGAAUCCAGUAGGUUAAUCUGAGUCUUCAGAGCUGCUUUUAAGGAAACAGGACAGUGACAUUUCACUGAACAGCUUUAAUAACAAUAAAACAGGCUUUAUUUGUAUCAUCCACCCAGAAUAAAGCAACACACUGUAUAAGCUUCAGCACUGAGUGUCCAGGCGCGUUGUGUUCCCCAGCUGCUGAAUAGAGUUUGAGUAGAAUAUCCACAGUAUUUCUAUGUGUACUUUACUCUGUGUGUGUUUGUCUCCAGACAAUGUGACAUUCAGAUCAUUAGUGAGUUUGUGGCGUCUUUAUUCACUUCUCAAACAACCAUACAUGCUUGAUUUCUUCCUCUGAUCUUAUCAUCAUAGUUCCAGUUUUAUUUAUUUGUUUAUUUAUUUAUUUAUUUUAUACCGAGGACCUUGUACAGUUACGCAUGGCCCAGUGUUAUUUUCUGACAUCAAGCUGAAGCAUCCAGUUGUCAUGUAGACUGCCCUUUGUCCUGGUAUCUGGAACUGAAUAAUUCAAAAUAAACCAAUAGUACUAAAUAAUAGGCUUUAUAAUAAGUACAUGUAUGUAUUUGUAUGUAUUUGAUAUUUCCAGAUGUGACAGAGGGAAAUCUAAAUUCGAAACAUCUGUUAUGAGGAUUAUUAUUAUUAUUGUUAUUAUUAUUAUUAUUAUUAUUGUUGUUGUUGUUGUUGUUGUUGUUGUGUGGUAUCAGAAGUCUUUGGGAUAAAAUGAUGCUGCUCCACACGGUUGAACAUGUCGACUGUUUUUCUGAGAUUUUAAACAGUUUAAAGCAAAUCUCAUUUGGACAAACAGAUGAACUGCGUACUGAGCGCGGGAGACUUGGUGGAAUUGUGAGCGUCUUGCUCGCAGGUGAUUGGCUGCCGGCUGCGGGCACUUGUAGGGAUGGACCUUUUGGAUAAAAGGAGAAUUUGUGGGGGGGAUCGCGUGUAUUUGCACUGGUGGAUUCCUGUGCACAAGGGAAGCAGGGGACUAUCCUCAAAGGCACGAUGACGGGGAAGGAAGGGGCUGUGUUAUCGGAGAGUUUGAACAAACCGAAAUUAGUUGAAAACGGAGGGAAUAGCAACCCGCACCUGUCAAAGAGCAUCACAUCACACGCACCCAGAUGCACAGGCUUCGGCAUCCAGGAGAUUUUGGGGUUGAAUAAGGAGGCGACCUCGGCGCCUCGGAGCGCGCUGGACUCCAUCCCCGGGGGCGCGCACUUACUGGCCGCGCGCUCAGUGCUGGGACCCGCCGCCGUCGGGGUCGGUAUGGGAUUCAUCGGCCCCGGGGGUAUUCCGUCCUUCUACAGGCAGCCCUCGUUUCUGGAGGUCCUGUCAGACGCGCAGAACGUCCAUCUCCAACCUCUCAACAAGACAGCACCUCAGGAGGCCGGACAGUCUGCCAGCUCAGACUCAGAGGAUGUUUCUUCGAGUGAACGAAAAACAUCCAAGUCUUCCCUGGGCCAGAGCAAGAAGCGAAAGAAGAGGCGACAUAGGACAAUAUUCACAUCUUAUCAGCUGGAAGAACUGGAGAAAGCUUUUAAUGAAGCUCACUAUCCCGAUGUGUACGCCAGAGAGAUGCUGGCUAUGAAGACUGAACUCCCAGAAGACAGAAUACAGGUCUGGUUCCAGAAUCGUCGAGCCAAAUGGAGAAAGAGGGAGAAGUGUUGGGGCCGCAGCAGUGUGAUGGCUGAAUAUGGAUUGUAUGGGGCCAUGGUGCGUCACUCCAUUCCUCUUCCAGAGUCUAUACUGAAGUCUGCCAAGGAUGGAAUUAUGGAUUCCUGUGCCCCCUGGCUACUAGGCACUUCUCUAAAUCCGAAUCCCUCAUCGUUCUUUGCAGGGAUGCACAAGAAAUCACUGGAGGCAGCGUCAGGCACAUCGAGCCAGAAGCCAGACAUCCCUCAGCAUCCAAACAAUGCCAACGUUGAUGAUACUGAUGCUGAGGAGAGGAGGAGCGACUCACCCAUGUCUAAAGAGGAACUGAGGGAGAACAGCAUUGCUGCUCUCAGGGCCAAAGCACAGGAGCACAGUGCCAAAGUGCUGGGGACAGUGUCUAGCAAGAGACUCGAGCAUAAAACACAGGGAGAAAUGGAGGAGAAGAACAGCGUGGAACACUCAGACUCCCAAGAAGAGAAGGAGAGCUCUUAGAUCUGCACUUAUAACCGUUGGUCAAAAAGCAUUGUCUCUUUCUGUCGCUUUCCUUUAAACAAAUCCUAAUUAUCUCUUCUGUAUUUCCUGGGAAACCACAAACAGUGGAUCUCCUCUUACCUAGCUAGUGCUAUUUUCCUAUUCUCACUUAGAGUUUCAGCUAUUUUACUUGAUAAGUUCACAUGUUGAUUGGAAAAUACAGAAAGCAUGACAUGCUAAUGUUUAUUUUUAUUUUACAUGAUGUACUUACCACUAAGUGUCAUUUGGUUCUAUAUACAGUAUAUGCCAGUACAAGAAACAACUGUAGCCACAAUCUGGUAUGUUUGGUGGUAUUAGCGGUGGGUUCCCAAGAACUCAUAAUAUACAGAAAACUGAUGACAUGUUCUUCAAACUUAUUAAAUCUAAUCAUUUUUUUUUUUCAUUUUUUAUUGCUACUUUAAAAAGAACCAUUUUAAACAGUCUAACAUUUCAUCUUUUAAAGUCUGUACAUUAUGUUUCUUUUUAAAAGCACUUAGUGGUUGGUUCAUAAGUAUUGUAUUAGAAUGUAACGCUGUACAUAUUGUAAAUAAAGAUAGCUUGCUACAGUAUUGUUUGAAGUACACUUUAAUGUACUGUAGUCUUAUAAUAUGUGGGGUUAUGUUCUGAGUAAUAUGUUGAUCAGAUUAUUAAAAAAAACAUCUGAAAUGUUGACCUAUGCCUUUUGUAUGGGAACAGUGAUAAAACAUAAAAUCCUCAUGAAGUUUUUAAAGAAUCCAAAUAUAAUUCUGAAACCCUAAAACAUAGAAACACUAACAUACAGUUCUGUGAGGAAAAGAUUCAAAUCAAAGUUGGGACUGCUUCCACCUGAGCUUCACAUGGGUAAUCAACUAGAAAGGAUAUGAACAAUAUGCUAAUCAUGACAAACAUAGCAUGCAAAAUAAUAGGUCUUUUACCCUGAGUAGUAUUUUCAAUCUUUUAUGUUUAAUUCAGCUGUGUGUGAUAAAUAAACAAAGGUAAUACAACACUGUUUUAUAGGAGUUAUGUUCUACUUGGCAUUUUCAGUGCCACAUCCUAUUAGGCCUGAUGUGCCCUUUUCCUCUGUAUAUUAGCUGAGAGGCUGUGUGUGUCAGCGACUAUAAUCUGCCACAUUCCCGAGGUCUCAAUCUAGCUAGAUUAAAAAGCAAGAACAGUGCAUGGCAGACAUAUGGGAGAGAGCAUGAACACAGCCCUGGAUAUCGUGCUCUCGGUCUAAAUCACAGGCACCAGUGCUCAUGCUUACUCUAGAUCUUAUGAUGAAAAAUUAUUUUAUCCUUCAUGUGUUUUAUUCCUCAUGUAACCUU